CAUUGUCUAGAUCCCCAAAGGUUCAUAUAAGUCAACACUGUUACAGGGGUCUGCCAUUCCAAACAAUUCCAGAAAGAUUGCACAGGACUGGAUAAAUAAUUAAGAUAAGAGUGUUCUGAACACCAACCUAAAGUGGAAGAGCCUGAGGCUGAAGGUGCAGUGUACUGUUUACACUGAAGGAGCUGGUGUGUGGACAAGAGACGCUGGCAGCUCAAAUGGACCCCAUGGAGCUGAGAAACGUCAACACUGAGCCGGAGGAUGAGAGCAUCAGUGGAGAAAGUGCUCAAGAUAGCUACACCGGGAUGGGAAAUUUAGACAAGGCAGCGAUGAGCAGUCAAUUUACUAAUGAAGAUGCUGAAAGUCAGAAAUUCCUGACGAAUGGAUUUUUAGGGGAAAAGAAGCUGGCCAAUUAUGAUGAUGAACAUCAUCCUGGAACCACCUCCUUUGGAAUGUCUUCAUUCAACCUGAGUAAUGCCAUCAUGGGCAGUGGAAUCUUGGGCCUGUCCUAUGCCAUGGCCAACACAGGGAUCAUACUUUUUAUAAUCAUGCUGCUUGCUGUAGCAAUAUUAUCACUCUACUCAGUUCACCUUUUAUUAAAGACCGCCAAGGAAGGAGGGUCUUUAAUUUAUGAAAAACUAGGGGAAAAGGCAUUUGGAUGGCCUGGAAAAAUUGGAGCUUUUGUUUCCAUUACAAUGCAGAACAUUGGCGCGAUGUCAAGCUACCUCUUUAUCAUUAAAUAUGAACUACCUGAAGUAAUCAGAGCAUUCAUGGGACUUGAAGAAAAUACUGGAGAAUGGUACCUCAAUGGCAACUACCUCGUCAUAUUUGUGUCUCUUGGAAUCAUUCUUCCACUUUCUCUUCUUAAAAAUUUAGGUUACCUUGGUUAUACCAGUGGAUUUUCUCUUACCUGCAUGGUGUUUUUUGUCAGUGUGGUGAUUUACAAGAAAUUCCAAAUACCCUGCCCUCUGCCUGUUCUGGAUCACAGUGUUGGAAACCUGACAUUCAACAAUACACUUCCAGUGCACGUGGUAAUGCUGCCUAACAACUCUGAGAGUAGUGGGGUGAACUUCAUGAUGGAUUACACCCACCAGAAUCCUGCAGGGCUAGAUGAGAACCAGGCCAAGGGUUCUCUUCAUGGCAGUGGAGUAGAGUAUGAAGCACACAGUGAUGACAAGUGCCAACCCAAAUACUUUGUAUUCAACUCCCGGACAGCCUACGCGAUUCCUAUUCUAGCAUUUGCUUUUGUGUGCCACCCCGAGGUCCUGCCCAUCUACAGCGAACUUAAAGAUCGGUCCCGGAGGAAGAUGCAAACAGUGUCAAAUAUUUCCAUCACGGGAAUGCUUGUCAUGUACCUGCUUGCUGCCCUCUUUGGUUACCUAACCUUCUAUGGAGAAGUUGAAGAUGAAUUACUACACGCUUAUAGCAAAGUAUACACAUUCGACACCCCUCUCCUCAUGGUACGCCUGGCAGUCCUUGUGGCAGUGACACUAACGGUGCCUAUUGUCCUGUUCCCAAUUCGUACAUCAGUGACCACGCUCUUAUUUCCCAAAAGACCCUUCAGUUGGAUAAGACAUUUCUUGAUUGCAGCUAUACUUCUUGCACUGAAUAAUGUUUUGGUCAUCCUUGUACCAACAAUAAAAUACAUCUUUGGAUUCAUAGGGGCUUCUUCUGCCACUAUGCUGAUCUUCAUCCUUCCAGCAGUGUUUUAUCUUAAACUUGUCAAGAAAGAACCCCUUAGGUCACCGCAAAAGGUUGGGGCUUUAAUUUUCCUUGUGGUUGGAAUCAUCUUCAUGAUUGGAAGCAUGGCACUCAUUAUAAUUGACUGGAUUUACAAUCCCCCAAAUUCCAAGCAUCACUAACCCAAGGAAAAAAAUACUUUUUCUAUUGGAAAUGGCUGAAAAUUAUGCUGCAAAAGACAUUGAGUUCUGUUGAUUGGAAUGUUAUUCACAGGAAAUAACAGGAAGAUUCCAAAGAUGUCUAGAGUAACAUCACCAGGCACCUGAGGAAGAGAAAAAGCAACAUUUUUGUCAAGAAUGGCUGUUUAUGUGUUUAAAACCUGUGGUGCAUGUUGCUACCCAUGUUCUCCUAGAGCAGUGUGAGAGGAUGUAUUUUUGCUGUUAUGCAAGCAGAGUAAGGGUAGCUGCAGGUAAUGGUCCUCAGAUAAUACCCUCCCCCCCCCCAAAUUACCAAAUACUUGUAUUCUUGGAACAUCAAACAGAAAUGCCCAGGAGGCAAAGCUAUCUAACUGUUUAAUGCCUUUCCGCAGUCCAACACCCAAUACUCUGGGUUUACUGAAUAACAGAGGCAGAAGGCAGGUCUUAUAACUGUCCCUGUAAGGUACAUGAAUGAUCAGACAGCAGGCUACAAUGCGUUACUCUCCACAGUAAGGACUAUCUUGCCCAUUUUGUUCGUGACAUUGAAUUAGUAACUUCUUCAUCCAGUAGAUUUUUGGUAAAUGUUGAAAUAUCUUACUAAACACAGGCAUACCUUGUUUUAUUCUGCUUGACUUUAUUGUGUUCAGAUACUGAGGUUUUUGGGGGGAUUGUUUGUUU